CCUAGCCUAGCCCAGCGUGCACAAAUCUCCUAUACUAACCAUGCGAGGCUGGAGUCUGUGAAUUGUGAAUCUGCAUAAGGCACUAGUUUGCUGCAAUUCAACUUUAAUUCGUGUUGGCUGAAGAUUGGAUGCACGUUUUUGAAGGACUGUUAAAUACCUGGCUCAUUUAACAACUUUUAGUUGCUAAGAGACGCGUGUCUUUAUUUCUUUUUAGCGUGUCAAUUUUCAAGACAUCACAAUGGUGGCGAUGACAAAAAGAGUCAAGGCCUUCGAGAUCGUUUUCAACGAUCCAUCCAAGACAUUUUACUGCAGUGGAGAUAAAGUGGCUGGGAAGAUCUUGGUGGAGGUUUCGGAAGUGACCAGGGUGAUGUCCAUGAGGGUCGUGGGAGUCGGAUGCGCUAAAGUGGAGUACGCGAAAGGCAAACAGAGAUGCCGUGAAGAAAUUGACUAUCUGAAGUACGAAGAGGUUGUCCACCUGGAUGACCAUCCCGCCGACACAGAUGGUUCAGUCAUUCUUCGUCCUGGCAACAAGUACGAAUACUCAUUUGGCUUUGAGCUUCCUCAACAAGGGCAGCUGGUGUCUUCCUACAAGGGCAAGUUUGGGUUUGUACAAUACUUUGUGAAGGCUCUGAUGGAUAGACCCUCUCAACCUGCCUUGGAGUGUAAGAAACACUUCGAAGUUGAAGAGCCCUUGGAUGUCAACACUCCAGACUUGCUGUCCCCUACUGGAGGCAUGAAGGAGAAGAAGGUCACCUGCAUGUUCAUCCCAGACGGCCAGGUUUCUCUGAAUGCCAAGAUUGACAGGCGUGGCUUCUGCGAGGGUGAAGAGAUCUGCAUUGAUGCCAAAUUUGAGAACACCUGCUCUCGCAUCGUGGUACCCAAAGCGGCCAUCGUCGCCAAGCACACCUACCAGGCCAAUGGCCGCACUAAAGUCUUAAGGCAAAAACUCUCCUCAGUGCGUGGCAACCAUAUCAUCUCCGGCAUGUGCGACGCCUGGCAGGGGAAGAGCAUUCGUGUGCCUAAGAUCAAGCCCUCCAUCUUAGGGUGCAACAUCAUUCGAGUGGAAUAUGCGCUCAUGAUUUACAUGCACAUCCCUGGCAGCGAUAAGUUGGUUCUGGAGUUGCCUCUGGUCAUUGGGACCGUUCCAUACAAUGGUUUUGGUAGCCGCACCAACAGCAUGAGCAGCCAGGACGGUUCCGUCAGCACAUCAUCGGCGAGCUGGGUGUCCCUGCGAAUGCCGUCAUCUGCCCCCCCAAGCUACUGUGACAUUAGAAGCGACUGCAGCCUGGAUCAACCUCUCACGCCUUUAUUGGAUGACUAUGAUGGUGGAGACAGUCCCAUCUUCAUGAACGCACCCCAAUUCCAUUUCCCCCCACUCCCUGCUUAUUCUGAGGUGGAGGAGGAAUUCAACGGCAAUGCUCGCAUGCUUCCUGUCUGUUGAACCGACCCAGCAGCUCCAGAACUGAACUGAUGCCCAUCAUAAAAGGGUUUUUUUUAAAUACACUCUAAGCACUUCGGGCUUUCACCAUGCGGAGCAGAGAUGGUUUGAGAAGUGUCGUAUGGAUGUAUGAAAGUGAAGAUGAAGCGGAGGAUUUUGGGCCCCGAGUGGCCCCUCUGCAGGACGAGCUAGUCGAAGUUCAGAGGAAGAAGGAGUGAAGUCCAAGCUCUCUUGUGCCUGCAUUGCUAAAAGCCAUCUUAUAUAAUGCAUCACUCAAGUUAAACAUGUUUCUGUCAUAUUUUUGAUGCUAUUUCAGGGUCUGAAAGAGGGCACACGGACUGUUUGGCGAUUUGUAUUACAUUAUGUUUGAGCUGCUCUUUCUUGAUAUGAGAUUACUGCUGAGGUGCAAACUGAUUGUGCCGCAUUAUAGCCAUUUAAGCACACAUAGGCUUUCCCAAAUGGUGGUCAUGUACUUUCCCAUAGUCCCCAACAUAAUAUUCAUUAGCAUUCAGCUCUUUUUCGUUGUCAUUCCAUAACAAUCCAAUGUUUGUUUGUUUUUUUGUGGGAUGAAAUAUUUCAUUUGUUAGAAACAUUCUUCAAUGCAUUUGUUUUUUAUGUUGGUUUUGAGGUCAAGUCAAUGUGCUAGCCAGGGAUAUAUUAUUCUAAGUUACUUAAAUGUAAAGAAGAAAUGUAGUAUAUCAAUAUUUUCAUCAAAGGGAAAAUCAUGUGUCAGUCUAUAAUGUACCAGUGUUUUGUUUUUCAUUUGAAUGCACUUUUUAUGGAUGCAAGUUGCUGUAUGACUACUCGCAGGGAGAUUUUCUUUUUGUUUUUCAUUUGUCUUCCAAAAUUGUUCGCUGAGGGAUCAGGCAUUACAUGCUCAAUUCAAGACUCAGUACUGUGAUGCGUUUAAAGCCUUGUCCUAGGAAAGGGCUCCACUGAUGUUGUCUCUUCCACUGUGACUUAAACAUUAGGCCAAAAAGAACUUGAUACUUCAAGUGCCAAAAUCGGGGUCUGUUUGGACUUCGAGCCCUGACCACGUUCCUUUGUGAGACCAGAAGCUGCACUGUGUGUAGACAUAUCCUGAAGACAUUUUGAUCAACAUUUCACUUGUGGAUAUCUUUCUUAAAUUCUUGUGUGUGUCUAUGUGUUGUUUUGUUUCUUAUAGAGUGUAAGAUGACUGUUACUGUUAUUAUAAACUGCAAAGUAUCCUUUUUUGUAUCUAAAUUAAAGUGUUUUUUGUAUGAAAACUUGUUUUCAAUAAAAGUUUUAAGACAUAA